CAACGUAGUGCCAACAUAAAGUUAUAGUCAGUUUGCUCUCGCGCGCACCCCGCGCUAUACGUGUGUUACCUCGCUUUGUUUACAACAAUAUCAUUGAAGAGUCCGGGACACAAUAAACCUUCAUCAUGGGGGCUAUGUUCCGGAGCGAGGAGAUGGCCUUGUGCCAGCUCUUCAUCCAGCCCGAGGCCGCCUACACCUCGGUCUCCGAGCUCGGUGAAGCGGGAACCGUGCAGUUUAGAGAUUUAAAUCCGGACGUGAACGCGUUCCAGCGGAAAUUCGUGAAUGAGGUCCGCCGCUGCGACGAGAUGGAGCGCAAGCUUCGCUACAUCGAGGCCGAAGUUCACAAGGACAAGGUCCACGUGCCCGCCGUCAAAGACAUGCCCCGAGCGCCCAACCCCAGGGAGAUUAUCGACCUUGAGGCGCACCUGGAAAAGACAGAGAAUGAGAUUCUGGAGCUAUCGCACAACGCCGUUAACCUCAAACAGAACUACCUCGAGCUCACUGAGCUGAAACAUGUGCUGGAGAAGACAGAAGCCUUCUUCAACGCGCAGGAGGAAAUCGGCAUGGACUCCCUGACUAAGUCGCUGAUAUCCGACGAGACGGGCCAGCAGGCGGCGACGCGCGGGCGGCUGGGGUUCGUGGCGGGCGUGGUGCAGCGGGAGCGCGUGCCAGCCUUCGAGCGCAUGCUGUGGCGCAUCUCGCGCGGCAACGUGUUCCUGCGACGUGCGGAACUCGAUAAACCCCUUGAGGAUCCCAACACUGGCAACGAGAUCUAUAAGACGGUGUUCGUGGCGUUCUUCCAAGGCGAGCAGCUGAAGUCCCGCAUCAAGAAGGUGUGCACCGGCUUCCACGCGUCGCUGUACCCGUGCCCGCCCUCCAACACCGAGCGGCAGGACAUGGUCAAGGGCGUUAGGACGCGACUUGAGGAUCUUAACAUGGUGCUGAAUCAAACCCGCGACCACCGCCAGCGCGUGCUGGUGAGCGUGGCGAAGGAGCUCGGCAGCUGGUCGAUCAUGGUGCGCAAGAUGAAGGCCAUCUACCACACCCUCAACCUGUUCAACAUGGACGUCACACAGAAGUGCCUCAUCGGCGAGUGCUGGGUGCCCACCGCCGACCUGCCCAACGUACAGAAGGCGCUGGCUGAUGGAUCGAACGCAUGCGGCAGUUCGAUCCCGUCGUUCCUGAACUGCAUCGAGACGGACGAGGAGCCGCCGACGUUCAACCGCACCAACCGCUUCACGCGUGGCUUCCAGAACCUCAUCGACUCCUACGGCGUCGCCUCCUACAGGGAAUGCAACCCUGCUCUAUACACAAUCAUUACCUUCCCGUUCUUAUUCGCUGUGAUGUUCGGUGACCUGGGCCACGGGGCCAUCAUGGCGAUGUUUGGCGCAUGGAUGGUCGCCAAGGAGGUCUCCCUCGCCGCCAAGAAGACUAACAACGAGAUCUGGAACAUCUUCUUCGCCGGUCGCUACAUCAUUCUCCUCAUGGGCUGCUUCUCCAUGUACACUGGCCUGGUGUACAACGAUAUCUUCUCCAAGUCCAUGAACAUCUUCGGCUCGUCCUGGCUCGUGCCGUACGACAAUGAAACUAUGGAGACGAACGCCGCGCUCACGCUAGACCCGAAAGACGCGUACAUCGACAAACCCUACUUCAUCGGAAUUGAUCCAGUAUGGCAGACCGCCGACAACAAGAUCAUUUUCCUGAACUCGUACAAGAUGAAGCUGUCCAUCAUUUUCGGUGUCGUCCACAUGAUCUUCGGUGUCUGCAUGAGCGUCGUCAACUACAAUUUCUUCAAGCGUCGCUACUCCAUCGUUCUGGAGUUCCUGCCCCAGAUCGUGUUCCUCUGCCUGCUGUUCCUGUACAUGGUGUUCAUGAUGUUCUACAAGUGGGUCGCCUACAGCACCUUGUCUGAAGACCAAGCGUACAGCCAAGGCUGUGCGCCGUCAGUGCUGAUCCUAUUCAUCAACAUGAUGCUGUUCUCGAGCAACGAGCCGGAGGCGGGCUGCAAGGAGUUCAUGUUCGAGGGCCAGGGCAGCGUGCAGCGCGUCUUCGUGUUAGUGGCCCUGUGCUGCAUCCCAGUCAUGCUGCUCGGUAAACCCCUGUACCUGCUCAUGGCUAGCAAGAAGAAGAAGGAGGCUAAGCCGGAACAAGCUAACGGCAGCGUCAACCAAGGCAUCGAGAUGCAGCAGACGGACAUCGAGAACGGGCAGAACGGCGAGGCCAAGCCCGCCAAGGCCGGCGGCCACGACCACGAGGAUGAACCCUUCAGCGAGAUCAUGAUCCACCAGGCCAUACACACUAUCGAAUACGUGCUCAGUACCAUCUCCCACACUGCCUCAUAUCUCCGACUGUGGGCUCUGUCUCUCGCUCACGCAGAACUUUCCGAGGUGCUAUGGAACAUGGUGCUGACAUUCGGUCUCAAGGACCACGGCUACGUGGGUGCGGUGAAGUUGUACGUGGCGUUCAUGUUCUGGGCGCUGUUCACGCUCGCCAUCCUCGUCAUGAUGGAGGGGCUGUCCGCCUUCCUUCACACCCUGCGUUUGCACUGGGUGGAGUUCAUGAGCAAGUUCUACUCGGGUCUCGGCUACAUCUUCCAGCCGUUCUGCUUCAAGACCAUCCUCGAAAACGAUGACAAAGAAGAAUAAAUCUCUGAGGAGUGAAAACAUUUGACGUAGUUUAGUUUACAAACAGUAUUGGCAUUAUAUGCGAAUAGGUUUUCAAAAUGUCACAAAUUGAAGUAAAUAUUUCAAGCUGAA